AUGCAGCCUAAUUCUAUGCGUGUUUACUUUCGCGUUCUAUAUACACGGUGCACAUCUUCACCGAGAGCAAACCUCACAGUAGGACUUCUCGGAAAACACACAUACGAUUGGAUUGUAGAAACAACGUGCCCGUACAUAAGUUUUGGGGAAGGUCUUUUCCCCUCCCACGCGGACCCUGUCCGCCGCUUGACCUCUGCAACUCCCGUCAACGCAGGUGGCUUUGAUGAGGCUUUCCGGGGGCGCCGUCUAGCCGGGACGCUUCGGCCCGCGGGCUUCCAGGCAGCCUCCCCGCGCGUUUUUUUACGCAACUCCCCCACUCUAGCGGCCGGAGUAGAGAGGAUGGAACUUAACACCAAGCAGGAGCGGAUGGCUCCUCAGGAGGACGCGGGUAAAGUGGGGAACCCAGCUAGCGCUGGGCAGAAAAUUUGGGCGUGCAAGGAAGAAUUUGAAGAACAAGAAGAGAAGGGACUGAGAGAGCCACUGUUGUCUACAAAAGUUGUUCAGAAUGGGAACCUCACGGGUGAUGUUGGAGCCAGAAACUGUGUGGUGCCCAUUUUCCAUACUGUGAUUAUAGACGAUGAGACUAGGAAGAUCCUGGAAAAAGAAAAUGAGAAUAAUAUAGCAAAGGAAGAUGGGGGUGGGAAUGGUUAUGUAGGACACGGAGCUAGAUCAAUGGCCCCACAGUCAUCAGCUUUGGAUAGUCUUCAGCUCAAUUUUACCACCAUAUGCAGGCACAUACCAACCUAUGUUAGUAAUAUAAACCCUGAUCCCCCUGUUCCAGAAGCUGAGCUGAACCAAGAACUUACUAACCAGCUGAAAUCACAAACCCAAACAGAAGUAUACUGCCUUAACAUUACAGAAAAGGAUAAUAUGAAAAAAAGAAGGAAUGCAUUUUUUACUGCAGGUUCCCUAAGAGCAUCUUCUGCUGUUUUUGAGGACACACAUAUACCAGAGCAGAUUCAGGAUGUGAAUCAAAACCUAAGUCUGGGCCAUGCUAUGCGCAGAUCAACCAGAUGUGCUGCAGCUAACUGCAUGGGUCAGCAGUCCUACAAGCUUUCUUCAUUCCAGGCAGCCACGGGCAACCAGGAUGGAACCAAGGGGAAAAAAGGUGCAUUACAAACUCCAGAAGAACCUGCUCCACCUGCCCGGAAAAAGACACGUACAUUUUACAGUGCUGAACAGCUGGAUGAGCUGGAGAGAAUGUUCCAGGAAGACCAUUAUCCUGACAAUGAGAAACGCCGGGAAGUUGCUACUGCUGUUGGUGUGACACCACAGAGGGUUAUGGUCUGGUUCCAGAAUCGCAGAGCAAAGUGGAGAAAAAUAGAAAAAUUGACAGUGAAGGGCAACAAGAAAUGUUCAGCUACAACAUCAGCUUUGUCAACAGGCCCUCAGCAAAUCUCUCAUGGUGUAACUCUGCUACCUGUGCCCCCACUAUCUGACAUGGUGCAUGAUCAGCCUGCUGCGUUCAUGAUGGAAACUGCAGGUGAUGUCAACUCUUCUAGCCUAGUCAGUGGACAGUCUGUGCCACUGGCCUCCACAUCAGUUAUCUCACUUACUGGCAGGACAACCCCAUAUGAGUCUGUCCAGACAAAAGUUAUUUCCCCGGGUACAUUUGGCUCCCUCAAGGAGGAGAUCUUUCCUGCCAUCCCAAGUCCUCCACCUAUUCAUAGAGCCAGCCUCCCAUUCAACAUGAUAUUUAACCCAAACAAUCACAUUGUUCCACUGAUGCUGGAUACCCCCAGCAGUGAAUACAGUCCAGCCAGCCAGGAAAGCAGCUCCAGUGAGGCCUUCACCUAUAGCAUCCAGAACCCAAGUAGCGACACUCCUGUGCACUGUAGUUACCCUGAACAGCUCGAACCUACCGCCAACCUAGAGAUGCCAUAUUGUCACCCAAAUAGCCAGUCUGGGGUUUCCCAGUUUAGCCAGUAUCCUCAACUCCAGGUGCCUCAACUGCAUCACUUCCCAGUUCACUUUACUGGCGGUGCAUUGUCCAGUGUCCGCCUCACACCAGCUACACCUAGUAAGUCCAGCACAGCUUUUUGCUCCCUUCCUUGCAAUGGCGGGCUUGUAACUUAUGGAACAGCAGAGGCUUCUCGAGGGUAUCUACAGAGCCAUGUAGGAGGACAGCUCCUAAUACAGCCACCAGCUGGGAACUCAGGCUGUAUCCCUGCAUUUCAGGCUAUGCCCUGGAAUGAUUUUUAUGUGCAAGGAGCUCCAUUCUCCAAUCAACUUUGUUCACAGACACAGUUUUCCAGGUCAGGAAGGGGAUGUUGUUCUGCUGAACAGGCACAAUACACUCAAAACCAGAGUGUGCCACCCAGUUCCUGUCUGCUCCAGCUGCCCAGCGCAGCAGUGCCAGCAGCUACUACAUUGUUCACUGACAACCAUACGGCAGCAGCAGACCCAAGUGCAAACUUGGACAACCAGUCACAGAUGGAACACACAGUGCCACCUGAGAAGGACUCCGAUACUGACAAUAGCCCCAAAGACAAAGGAAAUAUUUCUGAUUCCUGUGAAGAGAGCAAGAACUGACUCCGCUUCCUCGGAAAGCAAGGGAGUUGAGAGAGAAAAGUAUAUGACUUGGUUGCUUUUAAAACUUCUCUUGGCGAUAAACAGAGUAGCACUGUGAAAUUAAGCACCCCAAACGACUAAAAAGGGAAAAUAACAGGAUUGGUUCUAUUGUUGUUUAAUUUAUUAUUCUUGUUCUACUGAGGAAAGAAGCAGUGAAACUUCUGUCAAUAAAAAAAUCCUGCCCUUUGUUUUGCAGAUAA